AUGUUGGAGAUCAGGUUGGUUGGAAGCUGAACAUUGUGGAAAUAAAUCAUUUUUUUCAGAUCGAGUAUGUCAGAGUCGGAACGGGAAAGAGUCCAGAUUGAAAACAGGAAGCGGCGAGUGAAACUGACGAAAAAGUUGGUGAAGGAGAAGAAAGGGCAAGCGACGGAAGAGCGCAAUGACAGUACUGGCGAUGAGGACGAGGAGCAGCAGAAACGGACGGAGCAGGCCAAACGAAUGAAGAUGCAGAUGAGCCAGGCUCUCAAGAAAACACGACAGGAACUGGCAAAGGAAGAGGUGGAACGGAAGAGAGAGGCCGAACUUGCGCAGCGGGUGAGAAAGAAAAUCAGAAGCUAGAGCAACAAGAGAUCGAAAAUAAGUUUCAUUGUAUGAUUUUCAGGUCCGCGAAGAGCUACGAUACAUUGAAAUCCAAGAGAGACGGGAGCGAGAAAGAGCUAAACUUCGGAUGACUGAAGGCCCGACAAGAUCCCCAUAA